UACCUGGCUGCUGGUUCAUGUACGCCCCGUACUGGCCAAAUUCUCAAAAACAAAAACAGUGACAAGAUUUGCAGUUGCUAAUUAAAUUAGGCAAAGAUGGUCAAGACAUGGCUUUUAACUUUUUUCGCAUUUAACCAGUUAUUCAGCAAUAUAAAUGGAGGAGCUAACAAUGCUCACACUUUCGACGGAGGAGGAAUGGUCGACUUUAUUGGCAAUGACUUUUUCUUUGAGAUUUUGGAACCAAAAGUUCUCCGCUAUACCUACAAAAUAAAGCCAGCAAAAGACUUUGGCCCAACCUUUAAUAGCAGCUUUUAUGCUCAGGGUGUUAAACUAGUCCCAGUCGACCCACCAAACGGGUGCGGAUGGCCCAAAAAUGCAGCAGACUUAGAAGGAAGCGUUGCCCUUGCAGAAAGAGGUGAAUGCUCAUUUUUGAGCAAGGCUGUAACGGCAGAGCGGGCCGGAGCUAUUGCCAUAGUAAUCUGUGAUUAUGACCCUGAGGAGGAAAGUUUCUACAUAGAAAUGAUUGACGACACCACAGGCAGAGACACAAGCAUCCCAGCUGGAUUUUUGCUGGGGAAAAAUGGAAACUUCAUAAGAAAAGGUCUUGAAAAGCUAGGGAAAAACUACGCCCUGAUCAACAUUCCAGCUAACCUCACCAAUGUUCCACUGAACAAAAUGAACCAGCCACCAUGGGUGCUGUGGUGAAAAAGCUAUUUUCCUCAAGCUUUAAAUGUGAUAUUAAGGAAUUACUCAAUUUUAGAUUUUGUAGACCAUAUAUUCCAAGCACUAUACUGUUUGUGCGUGUAUUUAGUUUUUGCUCACAGAAUGCUUCUUAUAAUGUUUGACAAAAAUAAAUCUUGAUUUUUU